UGAUGACGUAGCGGGCGGGGCCGGAAGUGCCGCUCCCUGGUGGGGGCUGUUCAUGGCGGUUCCGGGGUCUCCAGCAUUUCUCUCGGCGGCGAUUCCGAUUCCGAGCCCGUGCGCAGCGGAGGCGCCGGGGCUGGAGGUCCCGCAGGUCCUCGCUGUGCAAUGACCGAGUACAAACUGGUGGUGGUCGGAGCAGGCGGAGUGGGGAAGAGCGCGCUGACCAUCCAGCUCAUCCAGAACCACUUUGUGGACGAAUAUGAUCCCACCAUCGAGGAUUCUUACCGAAAGCAGGUGGUGAUUGACGGUGAGACCUGCCUGCUGGACAUCCUGGACACGGCUGGGCAAGAGGAGUACAGCGCCAUGCGGGACCAGUACAUGAGGACCGGGGAGGGCUUCCUCUGUGUGUUCGCCAUCAACAACAGCAAGUCGUUUGCAGACAUUAACCUCUACAGGGAACAGAUUAAGCGAGUGAAGGACUCCGAUGAUGUUCCAAUGGUGCUCGUGGGAAACAAGUGUGACUUACCAACAAGGACGGUGGACACAAAACAAGCCCAUGAACUGGCCAAGAGUUACGGGAUUCCAUUCAUCGAGACCUCAGCCAAGACCAGACAGGGUGUUGAAGAUGCCUUUUACACACUGGUGAGAGAAAUCCGUCAGUACCGGAUGAAAAAACUCAACAGCAGCGAUGACGGGACCCAAGGCUGCAUGGGGCUGCCCUGUGCGGUGAUGUAACAAGAUACUUGGAAAGUUCUAGCAUCAGAAAAGAGCCGCUGUCCAGCUGCACUGACGCCCUGGUCCUGACUUCCUGGAGGAGAAACCAGUAUUCCUGUUGCCGUCUCAGUCUCAGAGAAGCUCUGCUCUUCCCGCCUCUCCCUAGAUCAGUACCACGUUCUCCCUCCGAGAUCUCAGAGUAACUACCUCCUUCCUCGGUUGUCUGGCCAGAGAAGCGAACCUCUUGUUACUCCCCAAUGUUUUCCACUCUGGGUUCUCCCCAGACACUUCUGCCACCCCAGGUUUUACAUCUGAAAAGCAACUCAUGCUCUGAAACAGAACCAAACCGUAAACAUGAAAUUCUCUAGAAAACAAGGUCUUGAGCUCUAAUGUAGCAACUGCUGGUGAUUAUCUUUUUUUCUUUUUACUCUUGAACUUGGAACUCUAUUGCUUUUGGGGGGAAAUGUCAGAAAUUUCUGUUUUGCUGAGAUUAUAGUUAAUGUGGGUGUUUGGUUUGUUUAUAAUGUUAUCGGCUAUACUCUAUAAACUGGCAUCUGCUCUGUAUUCGUAAAAACAAAGGUGAAUACAGACUUUGGAGUCUCUCCUCCUCUUCUCGACUUUCAUGCAGUUAAAUUUAACUUUCACAAUGAAGUGCCUUUUUCCUAGAAAUGGUUUGUAUACUUCAGUGGAGUGGAUGUUUCAAAAACCAUUACACGUGCAAAUGAAUGUCUGAGUUAUGUCUGUGAACUGCCUGCCUUUGAGGAAAAGAUGUGCCGAUACAGUAGCAGAUGCCACUUUGUAACCUACAUGAAGUUGGCUUUGACCUGUUUUUAGGUUCUCCCAAGAGAAAGAUGAAACUGGAAACAAUUAUAUUUCACUUGUUUUUUACCUGUGCUCCACUUUUUUUUUGUAGGUUACUAACUAUGAAAUGUGUGUAAUUUGUUUCUUCUAGCUUACUGAUAACCUGAUGUUCAAUGAAAUUCCGUUUGUAUUUAAAUCUGGGCUCUAUCAGAAAGCUCUACAUUUGCAGAUGUGCAAAAUUGUAAACAUUUGAUGCUGUUUUAUUUAAUAUUGUGAGCAAUGAUUUUCAAGCCUCAGACAUAAUAUAUUAACAGACACGUUUUCAGUACAUAGCUUGGUAUCUUAGUGAUGUAUAGAACGGCCCUCGGUCACCUUUCACCCCACCCUCCGACCCUCACCCACAGCGACUGCAGUUUGAGUCAUUAUUUCAGUUGAGUAAAGAUGGUGCUAAAUGGACCAGGGUCCCCGCUUCAAACCUGAGCAAGCCCGUUAGCAUCACAGAGGGGGCAGCGCUUCCACGUCUGCUCCCGGCACCAGUAACCCCGGCUGGUGGGUGGCCGAAUGCAUGCUCUCACCCUGCAGGGCACUCAGAGGUCAGGUCACCCAAGCCCUUUCUCAUGAUGGGAAAGGCUGGGUACCCCGAGGAGGGUCAGCUCAGCAGUCUUCAUAAACAGAGUGUCCAGACUCUUAGCCACCUGAGACCAAAGGAAGCCAAUGUUUUUUGUCAUUAUGUUUUUAGAAUGAGGGUACCUCCGAUCCACAUGUUUUAAAAUUCCCUUUAAAAUUUUAGAGUUUUAGAUGCGGUGUUGAUGAGUUAGUCUGCAUAGGAGCUAACAGAAGCUGAGUGCUCAGAGCAAGAAGCCAUUGAAUUAGAAUUCCUUUAAGAACGGAUGGAAACAUAAUGAAUUGUUAGUUUUGAGGAUUUGGGAAACGUGGCUUUUCCAUUUGCAAAUAUCUUGGUAAUUCUAAUGAAAAAUAGACUUAGGUAACUUGAUAAAAAGCCUAGUUCCCAAAUGGUCACUUUCCGCUCUGGUCUUUCAAUAUGUAAGUACUUACUGAGGUCCUCGGUCUUCUAACAUGAAUUUUCACGUAUUAAGCAAACUCCACAUGGCCUUGAACUGACGUGGACGAGAGGAAGAGCUGCACUGUGUCCAGAGCUGAAUGAGCUCAGCGAGCCGUGCUCCUCGGGCUCCUGAGUUCCACAGCGCGGUGGCACCUGGUAGCAGGAACUUGCUGCUGCUGUAGAGCGUUGCUCUGUCAUUUUUCUUUUUCUGACAUUUGUUUAUUGAUUUCAGAGAGGAAGGGAGAGUGAGGGGGAGAGAGAAACAUCAAUGAUGAGAGAAGAUCAGUUGGCUGCCUCCUGUAAGUCCCUUACUUGGGACCGAGCCAAACCCCAGGCAUGUGCCCUGACUGGGAAUUGAACUGUGACUUCUUGGUUCAUAGGUCAAGGCUCAACCACUGGCCAGACAGGCACUUUGUCAUUUUUCUUGAGGCUGGACUGAGGCUUGUCACCCUCUUCUUCCUCUUGUGUAUGUUACUGACAGUAUGAUUCUUUUUCUAAUGUCACUUUAGGGGGAAGGAUAUCAGAUUGGGGGUGCUCGUACCCAUAGCCCUUGUAUGUUCCUUACCAUUCUCAAGUAUGUUGUAAGCACAGAAGUCUCUAGAUGAGGCCAAAAUCCAGACUUGAAAAUAUUCUUUUAAUAGCUUCUUAAGUUACAUUUAGGUUUGAAUUUUGGCCCAGUAGAGUGACAAAGUUACAGUUCAAUGCUGAAAAGCUUCAGUUAGUGUGGUACAAAGUGUGGUGUUCAGAGUAUGUUUGUCAUUGCUGAAAACAAUUCUAAUUUACCUCAACAUAUGAAAGUCUCUCUCCCCAAGUUAAGUGCCUGGCCAGCUGUUGCAAAUUACACAUUACUUUGUUUUUUAAAGGUUGCAUGUUCAAGAGUGUGAAAUAGGAUGUUCUGUCUCAAGGCUACCACGCCUGACCUGUUAAGUGCUGUAUUUGCUCCACAGCUCACUGUAGAACGUUAAGUGGUAAUACAGUAACAUACUUGUUACAGUUCUCACUUUAGAGUGAAAUGGUAAAAUUGUUCUCAGUAUGUAUUUUAGUGGGCCCCGUGUUUAGUCUGUGCAUCGUCCUUUAACCUGCUGUGAAUUUUUUGUCUUGACUUGAAACCAAGAAUAGAGAAACACUUUAAAGAGCUAUUUUGUUUUUUUCCCCCAUUCCAGAAUUGUUGAGCAUAAUCCUAUUCUGUUUUACAGUUACAGUCAUGAACUCUUAAGCUGGCAGCUACAACAAAGAACCAAAAAAAAUGGUGCACUCUGCUUCUUGUAAUUCAUCUCUGCUAACAGGUUACAGGAAACAGGAUUAUUCAUUCGGGGAAAUGUUUUAUUUGGGUUGUUUUCAUAAACAAGGGACUGUAACUUUGUGCGUUGUUUGACAUCUUUGCUGUUUCUUGAAGCAGCCACAAUGAUUGGAAGGUGUUCCCUAUAGAAUUGUUUGAAAAGUAUUGUCAUUAAAGUAGUUGUUGUUGUUUCAUGAAUAACUGGUGAUUUUUAAAAGCCUGAGUACUGACCUAAAGCAACUGUGUGACUUCUACUCUGGAGGGAAGGGAUCGCAAUGGAUGUUGUGUGACGUCUAUAUUUCUGUGCCAUCAGAUAGAGGUCAGUGAUUGUGCAAUCCUGCUGUGUAAACGGCAACUCUUGGCCUCCGUGGCCCUAAAUGAAAGGGCUGAUGUUUUCAGUUGCCUAUUUUAUUGUAAAUUAAUCCAUCUAAUUUUUAAAAGUUUGGUUGAAUGUGUUUCUUUUCAAAUGUUUAAAAAAUAAAAACUGGAAGUUCUUUGCUCAGUUA